AUGCGUAGGCGUCUGCGCGAUCGGAUAAUCAAGCAAUGGGUUGUUCGUGGCGCAGCAGUCGUUGUCUACCUACCUACAGGUAAGCCUAGCCUCGGCGGCAUUCACGUCGCCGCAAACGAGCAACAGGCCGGAAGUCUGAGUGAUCCGAAUGCCGUCGCGAAUUACAACGAACUGUUCUGCCUAACCGGUAAGACGGGUAAGGAGAGGAGUCAAGCAUACAUCUGGGUGUUCGUCGACCGCUUUCGGUUUCUUCGUCAUGGUUUUUUGUCCAUCAUCAUUGACAGUUGUCAGAGGACAACGGAUGUUUAUCUGCGGAAGUACUUGACUCUCUUGGCCAUGGCGGUGAUCUAUCGCACCGCAGGCAGAAACUUGUGUUAA